GGGGAGCGGUGGAGGUGGCGGCGGCAGUGGCAACUUUGCGGCAAGCUCGGGCCGGGCUUGCUUGACGGCGGUGUGGCGGAGGCCCCGCCCGAGGCGGCAGGAACCUGGAGGGAGGCGGAGGAAUAUGUCCGAGAGGGAAGUGUCGACAGCGCCGGCGGGAACCGACAUGCCUUCGGCCAAGAAACAGAAGCUGAGUAGCGACGAGAACAGCAACCCGGAUCUCUCUGGAGAUGAGAAUGAUGAUGCUGUCAGUAUAGAAAGUGGUACAAACACUGAACGCCCUGAUACACCUACAAAUACACCAAAUGCACCUGGAAGGAAAAGUUGGGGAAAGGGAAAAUGGAAGUCGAAGAAAUGCAAAUAUUCUUUCAAAUGUGUAAACAGUCUCAAGGAAGAUCAUAACCAACCAUUGUUUGGAGUUCAAUUUAACUGGCACAGUAAAGAAGGAGAUCCAUUAGUCUUUGCAACUGUAGGAAGCAACAGAGUUACAUUAUAUGAAUGUCAUUCACAAGGUGAAAUCCGGUUAUUGCAGUCUUAUGUGGAUGCUGAUGCUGAUGAAAACUUUUACACUUGUGCAUGGACCUAUGAUAGCAAUACAAGCCAUCCUUUGCUGGCGGUAGCUGGAUCGAGAGGCAUAAUAAGGAUAAUUAAUCCUAUAACAAUGCAAUGUAUAAAGCACUAUGUUGGCCAUGGAAAUGCCAUCAAUGAGCUGAAAUUCCACCCAAGAGAUCCAAAUCUUCUCCUGUCAGUAAGUAAAGAUCAUGCUUUACGAUUAUGGAAUAUCCAAACGGACACUCUGGUGGCAAUAUUUGGAGGUGUAGAAGGGCACAGAGAUGAAGUCCUAAGUGCUGAUUAUGACCUUUUGGGUGAAAAAAUAAUGUCCUGUGGUAUGGAUCACUCCCUUAAACUUUGGAGAAUCAAUUCAAAGAGAAUGAUGAAUGCAAUUAAGGAAUCUUAUGAUUAUAACCCCAAUAAAACUAACAGGCCAUUUAUUUCCCAGAAAAUCCACUUUCCUGACUUUUCUACCAGAGACAUACAUAGGAAUUAUGUUGAUUGUGUGCGAUGGUUAGGCGAUUUGAUACUUUCCAAGAGUGGCCGUGCCAUUUUACAUUCUCACCAGCAAUGUAUGAGAGAUCCAGUGUCUCCGAAUCUUCGCCAGCAUUUGUCUUGUGAAAAUGCCAUUGUAUGCUGGAAACCUGGCAAAAUGGAAGAUGAUAUAGAUAAAAUUAAACCUAGUGAGUCUAAUGUGACUAUUCUUGGGCGAUUUGAUUACAGCCAGUGUGACAUUUGGUACAUGAGGUUUUCUAUGGAUUUCUGGCAAAAGAUGCUUGCAUUGGGCAAUCAGGUUGGCAAACUUUAUGUUUGGGAUUUAGAAGUAGAAGAUCCUCAUAAAGCCAAAUGUACAACACUGACUCAUCAUAAAUGUGGUGCUGCUAUUCGACAAACCAGUUUUAGCAGGGAUAGCAGCAUUCUUAUAGCAGUUUGUGAUGAUGCCAGUAUUUGGCGUUGGGAUCGACUUCGAUAAAAUAUUUUUUCCUACUCAAAAUUAGACUGUGUUGUCUGUGUAAAAUAGAAUUAAUGUAUCUUGCUAGCAAGAGCACAUAGAGCAUUUAGACUUGUUUUUCAGCGUUCAAUCAGGCUGAGCUGAAUGUAGUGAUGUUUACAUUGUUUACAUUCUUUGUACUGUCUUCCUGCUCAGACUCUACUGCUUUUAAUAAAAAUUUAUUUUUGUAA